AUGGCCACUACUCCGAUUGUCAAGAUCGUGCAGUCCAGCGAUGGCACAUCCAUCUAUGCUGAGGCUGUCGGAAAUGCCCAGAAGCCAUGCAUCAUCUUUGUGCACGGCUUGAACCUCUCUGCAGCUGCAUUUGACAGCCUCUUCAAGGAAAGCCGUUUGCUUGAUAUUUUCUAUCUGGAAAGUCCUGUUCGGUACGAUAUGCGCGGCCACGGUAGAAGCGGCAUGCCUUCCAAUCCAGAGAGCUACAUCUCGUCGCUCUUCGCAGACGACUACGCUGCUAUUAUUCGUGCAUUCAAUAUCAAGAAUGUUGUACACGUUGGGUGGAGCUAUGGAUGCACCGUAGCCGCUGACGUCUGCGCCCAUCUUGAGCCGAACCCCAUCGUGGGCAUCAUCUACAUGGCUGCGCUGCCGUACGUUGGAACUAUCAUGCAGCGAGUCGGAACUCCGACUGUCCUCGGAUUCCUUCCGGGGCUCAUGAACACCACCGAUGUCGCUCUGAAUGGACGCACAAAAGUUGCAUUCAUAGACUCCCUCUUCACGUAUCCAGACAAAGCCGACUGCAACGUCAAGACGUCCUGGAUCGGACAAGCGACCCUCCAGCCUCCGGAUGUCGCCAACUCUAUCCUCACUCGUGAACAAGAUCCCACUAAGCUGUUCGAAGCCGGGCGGGAUGGUCUGCCGAUGCUCAUUUUGAACGGAACUGCCGAUAAACAGGUCUUCGGUGACGUCGUCGUGCAGGAGAUGAGUCCGUACUUCAAGGACCUUGAGGUCCAUAUGGUCGAGAAUGGGGCCAUGCACUCUAUUAUGAGUUUCAUGAUGAGGUCAUCAAUGCCUUGA